UCCUCUUCAAAUCCAUCCUCUCUCUCUCACACCUCAUCACACAACAACAAUCCUUCUCUAUUUAUACUUGAUGAUUCAUUCCUGUUUCUAAGAUUCUCUUCAUUAUUCCUAAUUCACAUUAGCGAUCUUAAACUUUUUUUUUACAAAGAUGAAAUAUUUCGAAAAUAGAAACCAACUUUUGGCGGAACACUGGUUAACAUUAAACAGUUUACAAAAUAAAUUAUAAUUAUUCUAAUGCGGGUAGUAGUAAUAGUAUAAAUUGAAGAUAUUAACACCUUCGACGGAUACCUGAAAACAAUGGUAACAUCCUCUUCAAAUCCAUCCUCUCUCUCUCUCUCUCACACCUCAUCACACAGCAACAAUCCUUCUCUUUAUUUUAUACUCUUUAUUCAUUCUUAAACCUUAAACUUUUUUUUAAAUAUUUCGAAAAUGGAAAUCAAAACCAACUUUUGGCGGAACACUAAUCAACAUUCUAAUGCGGGUAGUAGUAAUAGUAUAAAUUGAAGAUAUUAACGUGUGCGUGUUCAAAAUCCAAUUAAUGGGGAGAGAUAUACAGAUAGAAUGUGUUAACACUAAGUAUAGAAUCAACAGAAGUGUGAAUCAUACACUAACUUUGGGGUGUGGAUGAGUCAACUUGUUUGCAAAACGAGAUAAUGCGGGUCACACACCUUCAUUCAUAUUUACGCAUUUAAAGAAUACAUUUUGUUAAAAAACUUUGUUGGAAAAUUGUUUCACAAUUGCAUAAUGAAAUUUACUCUUAAAAAUGUAUAUAUUCUAACGAAAUUACUUCAGUUGGAUGUUGAGUCAUCAGUAUUUAUGUGAGUGUGAUCAUGUCAUCAAUAUCUAUUAUGAUUGCAAAUUGGAAAUUGACUCAUGUACAGCCAUGCAUAUCCAAUUAGUGCAUACAAAACUAUUGGUUUGUAAAGAAGGGAAUGACUUUAAAGUAUUCAUCUGAGGGAUGAAUAGGAGCUAAAGGUUCUUACUGGCGCAGUGCAUACAUUUAAAAUUUUAAACAGAUGCGGUUCGGUUCGACGCGGAAUGCGGUUCACCGAAGGCCGCUUUUGGAUUUGAAGACUGUUGCGAGACGCGAGGGAUUUGUUUGUAGAGGAGUCCGGAUCGUGGAUUAGAAAUGUGCUAACGAUUAAAAUUCCAGAAGACGGAGAGAAUGGAAAGGAGAAGGGAAGAAGCUGGAAGAGAUGCAGGAGAGGAGAGAGCGCGCGCGCUUUCGCGAGAGAGGCGCAAACGGGGAGCGCGCCUUCGCACGCAUGUUUUAAAAAUAAAAGUAGGGCGGUGUCCGAAAAAGAGUGGAUUUAAUAAUUAUAAAGCGCGGAGUGAGAGAAGGAAAAGUCGGAACAUGUUCAGCUCGCGUGCACCGACGGCGAUGUAGCACCACCGCAGACGUACGUGAACGGGGGAAUCAUCCACUCCAGCGACGACACCGACCCCCCCAACGGAAGAGUUGAGGUUAUGUGCCUUCGCACCAGGUCCCCUCAUGUGUAAGACGCGUUUAAACCUGAAGAGAAUAUCGGUCGGGAUUCUGCUCAUCCUACAGAUAUGCGUGAUCUCGUUAUUCUUCAACAUGCAGCCGAGCUACAAACAAUCAAGCAGGAGUUCAGUCUCCUUCCUAGUUGCCACACCGAACAAUAAGACUGAUUCAAAGCCAACCACAUAUCAUACAUCCCACAGCAAGAUACUGCUGAAGAGCAUCAACACGAGGAAGCUGUACGAAGACUUCAACUCCAGUCUGUGCUACAAGAAGGGCACCGACAUCAAGCUGAUGAAACGUUCGCACAACACCUGGAAAUGUGAGUGCCUCCCAGGCUACCAUGGCAUAGACUGUGGUCAAGCCGAAGUCAUCUGGAGGACCCUCCUCACAUUAAGAAAACCCAUCCAAUUGAAAGGUAGAUCGUUCGAGCGUCGCAUAAUAUACAUAUUCGAAAUUAGCGAAAUUACCAGGACAAUAUCCGAUAUUAGAUUGAACGAACUGAACCAAACCGUCGAUCUGUUCGUGCUGUACGAGCUGAACAGCGACUUCAUGGGCAACCAGAUGACGUACAACUUCCUCAAGGAAUUCCACGACAAGAUUCUGUAUUUGCGAGUGACGAAAGUCGAUAAACUGUGGUUCCAAGUGAACAGGGUGAUCGGGAAUCUGAAGCAGGACGAUCUCAUUCUGGUGUCCGGCUUCAACGAGAUCCCGAACGUCGCGGCGCUCCAAUUCUUCAAGUUGUACGACAACUGGCCGGAGCCGAUAAGUUUCAGAUUGAGGUGGUCAGUGUUCGGGUUCUUCUGGAUACACCCGAACAAGACCUUCCUCAAGGUGCAGGCGUUCACGAAGAAGUACCUGUACGAAGGCCUCAACAAUCGACUCUCAUCGAUAAUCAGCAAUAACAAAACGACGAGCAAUUUCAAUAUAGGCGAUUUGAAUCAUUACGGCGGAUGGUACUGCGAGUUCUGCAACGAUCCCAUAAAGAUCAUCGACGAGCUGAACCGCCUUCCAAAGCAGAUAUUCGACGAUGGAAAUGCGAAGACGAUCGACGCGAACUACGUGGAAGAGUUGAUCGAGAACGGGAUUUACAUCGACGGUAAAACCGAGCUGCUGAGGGCGCACAGGUUUCGCGAAUCGUACUUCGCGCCGACCUUCCUCACCGAAAACACCUGGAAGUACGACUAUCUCAUGCUGAACAUAUAUUCAAAGAUGGACUAUUACGAGUAACUCUUAAGUAGAACUACUAAUUUAAAAACAAUAUCUGUGAUAUUAUACCUAAUACUCUUAUUAAUAAAAAGCAAAUAUUUAUCGAA